GUGCUCGGUGCACUUUGUUCACUGCGCCCUUCAGCUUCUUACUCAUCGCUGCCCAUUUUUCUACUCCUCUUCCUUCUUUUGAUCUUGAGAACAUCCAAAAAUUGCCUUCUUUUGAAAUCUUUUAAACAAUACCCUACGCAUUAACAUUCCGAAGUAGAAUCAAGUGGGGCUUGACCGGGGAAUUUCAAUGGUGGACCUGACCGUCAUCUACUGCCUCAGCUGAGAUACAAGGACACCUACGGCAUUAUCACGGGGGGUUUCAGAUCCGUUCUAGCUGCAUAAUAGACCUACAAACCGAAUCGAUCUUUUUCUCUUCCUCGUCGUUCGACUCGAGUGUCUCUUUCAACAAUGGCGGUCCGCAUACAGCUUGACCGACCUUAUAACCAUUUUACCAACCUCGAUUACAUUUCCGGGAGAGUCACACUGAAUUUAACGAGCGACACGAGUAUAUCUGCGGUAGUAGUCAAGCUUGAAGGAGAGAGUCGAACUCGUCUGGCAGGACCGCGCACUCCGUAUAGUGAUCGCCCAGAUCGAAAAAAGACAGAACUUGAGAUUCACAAGCUCCUCUAUAAAACACAGACCGUUUUCCCUUCGAAAGAGAUCCAGAGCCAUACUUCAGGAAACUCAAGCUUCACUCUAGGCCCGGGAACUCACGAAUAUGCAUUCCAAUUUAAAAUACCUUUCAAUAAUGACUGCUUAACAUCUAAUAGCCUACAUAUUGCUGGCCUGCGGCUCGACAUGAUCAGCGACCCGAAUAUGCACGUGAAAAGGACGCUUCCACCAUCGCUCAGUGGGUUUCCAGGCGAGGCUGAAAUUAAAUACUACGUCAAGGUCACAGUUGUGCGUCCGCAGUUCUACAAGGAGAAUUUUAGAGAUUUCUCCGACUUCAAGUUCUUUCCCAUUGAGCCACCACGACAACCGGCUACCAAGGAGGAGCGAUAUGCUCGUCGCCAGCACAAUUUUACCGCCGGUCUGGCCCCCUAUCCCAAGAAGAAAGGUCUCUUUGAAGCUCUCAAGGCCCGUAAUAGCUCAGCUGCAUCUUUGACCGCGCCCCGCGUUUCCGUAGACGUGCGAUUACCAAAUCCUCCCAUCUUAACCUGCAACGAACCACUUCCCAUUCGAGUCAUUGUCCAAAAACAAAACGAGUCGCCAGAAGUAAUAUUUCUUCAGAUGCUACAAAUCGAGUUGAUUGGAUACACUGAUAUCCGGGCUCACGACUUGCGCCGCACGGAAGUAGGCAGCUGGGUGAUACGGUCUGUGAGCAACCUGGCCAAACCACUAGGGAGCCCUACCGACCCCGCUGGAAAGGACAUUGUUGUGGACAGUUCUCUUUGGGACCGACUUCCGCUUCCAAACACCGUCGCACCGUCAUUUCAAACAUGCAAUAUUGCGCGUCAUUACGAAUUAGAGGUCCGAUUGGGCCUGUCAUACGGCACGCCAGGAAAUAUCAAGCCCGAACUCAUAGUGCUUCCUCUCCGGCACCAAGUCGAAGUCUUUUCUGGCAUAGCCCCGCCUGAGGCGCUUAUUGCCGCGAUGCGUGCCGGCGCCGGAUCACUCGCGGCGGCCGCAACUGCAGCUACUGCCAAGCCAUCUCUCCAACAGCCUCCCAUGCCUCCCAAUUCCCUCCCACCCGGCGGCCCCUCCGUUCCUCCUGCAGCCGGGCCUGGUCUUGCCCCCAUUUACCCUGGCGGACCACCAAUGCCUGAAUCGCCCGUCACGCCUUCAUACUCCCAAUUUCCGCCUCAAGCUGGCGAUGCAGGGACCGCUAUCCAUCCACCAGUCCCGGAUGUGGCGCCACCAAGCUACGAAGAUGCCAUGGCCGAUGAAAUUGGUCCCGUGGAUGGCCCGAGAAGAGACUACAAUCCUCCUCCUAGUCCACCGGGUGGUGGCAUUGGCAAUGGCGAUCGAAAGAGUCGGCUGUCAACAUAACGGCAUUUCGGUCGCCACUAAAAAUUGGUUGCUGGAAAAGGGCGUUCCCCCGGAUGCUUUGAGGUUUUUCAAUGCAGCGGUAUAGCAUGAAUUUUUGCUUGUUGAAAGACUUUAUUUCGUCAUUGAUACCUUGUCCGUUUUCAUUUCUUCUUACGAACCCGAACCCGAGUGGCGUUUUACAAGAACAGGAGGUGUUUUUAGAUAGCCGUCAAAAGCAUUUAUGUUGCAUUUGAAGCUCUUUAUUCCUUUGUAUUAAUACUUGCUUAAUACCUUCACUUCUCGAGAUCAUCUUUUAUCUUCAUCAAGAGAUUUAUACUUCUUAUUCUAUUCAUGUAUACAGACAGAUCAGCC